UGGUAUUUCCCAUGAUAAUAUUUUCGUCGAUGAUCGAAGCUUCUUUUUCUUCUCUAAACAUCGCUUCGCUGAUUCAUAUUGCACUGAAAAAACUAUUCGGAUAAGCUCUCAGAACACAUUUAAAGUAAUCAGUGGCUGGAGAGCUCAUAGUAUUGAUACUAAUAUUGGGACAAGAUCCGAUUAUUCGUUGGGACGAUUUGACUUAGUCAAACUAUAGCUGGGGUCAAGAAUUAUUUUAAGAAGACUUUACUAUGGAAGAGGAUCCACUUUUUACUAGUCGCCCUGUGCGUACCUUGCAACAAGUAUUAGCCAGUAGAAACGAGACUGGUGUAAAACAAUUCCACGAAGCUGCUGAAAAUGGUGAUCUUGCCACGGUAAAACUAAUUUUUGAGGCUAAGAAAAUCCACCCAGAUGUCAUUGAUGGUUGGGGAAUGACAUCACUACACAUGGCGGCACGUGGUGGCUUUGUGGACUGCAUUCAAUUUUUGUUAGAAAAAGGAGCAGAUAUAAACAAGACAGAGAGGAGAAGAAAAUGUCCUAUACAUUUGGCAGCACAAGGUGGCUAUCUUGAGGCUGUGCAGGUUCUCAUCAGAAACAAAGCAGAUUUGGAUGUGAUUGACAAAUAUGGAAGGACGCCUUUAAUGUGGGCUGCAUUCUAUGGUCACAAGAACAUGGUUGAGGUGUUCCUGGAAGCUGGUGCCAUGAUUAAAAGCAAUAAUAACUGGCAUGCUCUUCACGAAGCCUGCAAGAAGGGGUACCUGGACAUCGCAAAGCUCUUAGUUUCCAAAGGAGCUCCCGUAAACAACCCACCUGAUUUUAAGGGCUGUGCUCCUUGGUCACCUCUUCAUAUUGCUGUACAAAAGGGACAUCUAGACUGUGUAAACGUUCUGCUGGAUGCUGGUGCUGAUGUUCACUGUCGAAAUGCAGGGGGUCACUCCCCCCUGCACGAGGCAGCAUACCGUGGCCACGCUGAUGUAUUGGUCAGGCUUCUUCAACAAAAUGCCCGGCCAAAUGACAAGAAUCUACAGAAGAGGACUCCUCUUCAUGAAGCCUGUCAACAAGGUAAUGUUCUGUGUACAACAUUACUCCUUGAUGCUGGUGCAAAACCCAAUUCCAUAGACAUGGUAUACGACACCCCACUCCACCUAGCAUUGAGGGCUCGACACCCCCCACCCACAGCAGUAGCACUGAUGACUGUGCUUUUGCAAUAUGGUGCAUCUCCCAGGAUACUUGGAAAAGGGGACGAGACUCCAUUUGAUAUUAUUAAAGACACUGCACAGACAGGGUGCCUGGAUGUCCUUUUAGAUGCUGCUGAUAAACCCAUGCCGCUUCUACAAAUGUGUAAAGUUUGUAUAAGAAAAAAGCUAAAGCUCAUUUACAGUACUAAGAAAGUAGAUAAAUUACCUAUUCCUUCAGGGAUGAAACAAUAUUUGACUGAGGAUGUGGAGAUUGAAGAUGAAGAACGAAUGGAUUAGAUUUGAAACUUUGAUAUUACUGUGGAACUUUGUAUAUGGGUGAAUGCAGCUAAUAGAAUGAGCUCUUACAAAAUAUUGAAAAAAGAUUAACACCAGUAGUAAGCUCACAUCAACUCAAUGAGAUAUCUUCUAAUUAUAAAAUUGUAUUAAUUUGAAUAUGUUUCAUAACUCAAAGAGUUUCAGUUGUAAAAUUUUAGCACUGAGAAUAAUUUAAAAUAAUUUUUUUAGGCAUGAAAACAUUUCAAUUAUUUUCAAAAGCAUUUUCUAAACCAAAAACUAAGCAAAUAUAGUGGAAGUGCCUAAAUUGAAAAGCAGGGAAUUGUACUUUUUUCUCCUAUUAGCACUUAUACUGUACAUCGAAAGCCAGGUGUAGCUGCUAUAUAGAGCAUAUAGAGCAUAUGUAUACUAUUUUGCAUGUCUGAAUGGUUUUCGUAAUACCAAUUUCUUAAUAAAGUGAUGGUGAUGGAACUGUGUAAUGUCAAUGUAGAAUAAAAUAAACAUCAUCACAAAA